CGACAGCGCCGGGCAGGAGUGACCAAAUUUGCACGUACAACAUGCAGCAACCGAGAUAUAGUCCGGCACCGCCGCCCCCGGUUACGAUACGUCCCCAGAUGGCCCCGAGACAUCAGGCAGUACCGAACGGAAGUACUACAGCAGCGCCUCGUAGCGCCUACCCUGGAGCACCACCGCCUGCACCGGCCACACUAAAGGGUGCCCAGCGACCCGCUAUGACUAGUCCGGCCAGCGGCAUUCCCGGUGCACAGUACAGAGGCACUGCCUGGACGCAGGGUUACCCCCCAACACAACCAACAUACCGAUACACUGCGCCGCAGACCUAUGCAUAUACACCACAUACGACGACCCAGUACGGACAGCGUGUGCCGACAGCAGCGUCGCCCAGCAACACGAACUCGAGCAGCUCGUCCAACACCGGUUCGCAAAGCGGCACCCUGAGCACGAGCCUGAGCAACACAACCAACACAAACAACACGAUGGGUCCUAGCAACACGCCACACCAGACGGAGCAGCUGUCCAAAACGAACCUCUACAUUCGCGGCCUGCAACAGGGCACGACCGACAAGGAUCUUGUCAACAUGUGUGCACAGUAUGGUAACAUCAUCUCUACAAAGGCAAUAUUAGAUAAAACAACAAACAAGUGUAAAGGAUACGGAUUUGUUGACUUCGAGUCGCCAUCGUGUGCCGAGGGUGCCGUCAAAGGGCUUCAAGCGAAGGGCAUCCAAGCUCAGAUGGCCAAAGUGGGUAUCUGGGUGCUACAUAGGCCGGCCAUUGACCCCGCGAUGGUGGUGCCGGCUGAGCAGCAACAGGAGCAGGAUCCUACCAAUCUGUACAUCGCGAAUCUUCCCUUGAACUACAAAGAGACGGACGUUGAAAAUCUGCUGUCCAAGUACGGCCAGGUCAUCUCGACCCGAAUUCUGCGCGAUCAGAAUGCACAGUCGAAAGGUGUCGGUUUUGCACGAAUGGAAUCACGGGACAAGUGUGAACAGAUUAUUCAGAUUUUCAACGGCUCGCAGCUGCCGGGCGCGAAGGAACCGCUGCUAGUGAAGUUUGCCGACGGUGGUUCGAAGAAGAAGAACCCGUUCAAGAGCCCGGAUCCGAACACGCGAACCUGGCGCGAAGGUGCGGAAGGCAUCCCGGUGACCUACGAUCCGAACAUGCAGCAGAACGGUAUCGGUGUGAAUGUCGGCACGCACAUUAACAUGCCGUACAGAGGGUUCAGUACACCGCAGGUGGGCGGUUAUGCCGUGCCCGGUUCCCAGUGGGUGCCAAGCUAUAUGAUGACCCAGGCUAUUGCACCGGUUGAAGAGCAGCAAUACGUUCAGGUUCCCGCAUCUCACCUGAGCGUCGGUACACCGUACAAGACGGACGGUGUGACCCCGGUGCAGCCCCGUGGCGUCUCGAUGAUCAUGUCCAGUGAUAAUCCAGCAGCCGUCCAGUACGGCAUGAUGCCACAGUUGGCAACACUGCAGAUUGGCUCUUCGCCAAUCCUAUCUCUCCCGCAACAGCAGUACAUCAGCCCAACCUAUCCGUACUAUCCGACCCAUCCGACGUCGGUAAUCCACACGCUGCAGAUGGGCGAUACGGAACAGGCGAGCACGGCUGCAUCGCCGGACGAAGCAUACACCACGCAGUAUCAGCACGCUCCGAAGUAGAUCUUUACCAGCACCGAGCAGCGAUCACACCCGGAAGAGCCGACCAGCCCUCCCGUAGCCAAGACACACCAUCACCAACACGACGACACACCCAUCACACCACCUUUGCAAAGCUGAAAACAACACGAACCGU